ACGUCGGGUCAACGAGUAAGCUGAGUACAUUCAACUAGAAGAAGAGCAGACAGUCAUCAUGGCAUCAGUGUCCACUCACGGAAACCAAGAUAAGCCUCAUCUGCCCCCACUAAGCAAGCAGAGCCUGUUGUUUUGCCCAAAAUCAAAAGUGCACAUCCACAGAGCGGAGAUUUCAAAGAUUAUCAAAGAAUGUCAAGAAGAAAGUUUCUGGAAGAGAGCUCUGCCUUUUUCUCUUGGAAGCAUGCUUGUUACCCAAGGACUAGUCCACCACGGUUAUUUAGCAGCUAACCCAAGAUUUGGAUCAUUGCCUAAAGUUGCACUUGCUGGUAUUGUGGGAUACGGCCUUGGGAAGGCCUCAUACAUAGGAGUUUGCCAGAGUAAAUUUCAUUCCCUCGACGAUCAGCUACGUGGCUCUGGUUUUGGUCCAGGGCAUAACAGGCACUGCCUGCUUACCUGUGAGGAGUGCAAAAUCAAGCACGGGUUAAGUGAGGACCGAAGCUCACAGCCUUCCGCUUCCUAGGCUCUGCAUCUGCGGCUUUUGAAGUUUCCUAAACCUCCAAAGCUGUACACAUUUGAAAUUUCAAGUGUACUUGAAAAGAAGAUACAGUGAAACCGAAACAUUGUGAUUCUCUCUAUGGAAAUGCUUUCUGUGGAAGAUUCUCAAUUGAUUUGAGUGUUGUAUGUUUUUCUACUAUGUAAGAACAUGUUGGGAGAAUUCACACACCAAAAAAAUUAUAUUGCAUUCUAACUUGCUUACAGCGAAGUAAAAAAGUUUGAAGUCCUC